CCCGCCCCGCUCUGUGCUGAGAACUCCUGACAACUUGUGGAACAGGAGGGAGCUCCCACACUGCAGCCCGGCUCAGACAUGACUGCCAGAUCCCAGGGACAUCCUGUCUUCCAGAGCCAGAGCUCCAGCACGCAGCAUCUGAGAGACCGUCAGCGCUUCUUCGAGGAUGUCCUGUCGCAUGAUGUAGACACGUACUACCCCCAAAUACACCUGCUGAGCGACCGAUGGAGGCCUCCACUGGACAGUGUAUCAUCAAUGGAAGUGAACAUCGACUCAGUGGAGCUGUUGGAACCACUGGACAUCAGUGAGCUGGAACCCAGCGAUACUUUCCAACAGCCAGAAGACCCCAUGAGUCCUCUGGUUACACCUGGCGACUUCCGAGGAAUUGACUAUUUUACCCUUCACUUCCCCUUUUCUCCUGGUUCUGGCCAGCAGCAGCCAGCACAUGACAGUAGUGACGCCGGUGACAGACAAGAGGAAGCUGCAGAUGAGCAAUCCAAAGAACACAUCCUCAAUCUGGAUUCUGAAAACAGCGACCACAAGAAGACGCCCUUGUGUGAAGCACAAUAACCUGCUGCCUCCUCUGAAAAGACUAUGGUACUCGCCAGUGCCCACUACGGCUUUUCUCCUGGGUUAGAAAUGUAUGAUAGUAGAUUGUAAAUGAGCCAAUGGGCAAGAGUUUCUAGUGAAUGGAUACUGACGGUUGUAUGGCAGCUGCUGUAUAAGAUGGGCAUUCAGUAGCAGUAAGCUCUGCACAAUGCUGUAUUCUUAGGAAAAUAGUUUUUUAAUGCAUUCCAAUGUUUUCUGUCGCAGCACGGUUCUGUGCGGUUAGGUUUGAUGAGGACUAAGGUCAGGCUGCCCUUUCAGGAGCCCCAUCUAUUAAUAAUCUUGUUCUAGGAAGAGAAUGUUGAUUGGGACAAAAGUGCAACAUCCUUCUAUUUCCGUCCGCGCCAUGUGAAGUCAGAUGAAACGGUAACAUGAUCAUAAUCCUCAAGUGAUUAUAUCAGAAAUUAGGAUUUACCUAUGGCGCCCUCUAGUGAAAGUACUGGUGUUGACAGUUGGCAGUCCUGCGUACUUCUUUCUGCUGGAUGCACAAAUAUAGUUGCAGUGAAAUCCCAUGAAUAUUCCAUCUGAUAAUCCAGAAUGUCUGAUCAUUUGGCACUUAUUUUCAGUGCAAAAAAUGCUAUAUAAUUUGGGAUUUCACAAAAAAAAAAAUCCAGGAGCAGAGAAAUCCAAUAAGUAGUAUAUAUUUUUUUUAUUAAUUCGUCAGAUUAAAGGGAUUUAAAAAGGCUUGAUUAUAAUAAGAGAUGAUUAAAAGCUCAAUGAAAACUCCGGCAGCCCCUGUACGUGUGCUAAAAUAACAAAGGAAGCCAUACUUACCCCAUUUUUCCCCUGCUUCUUCCAGCGCUGAGCUCCAGUACUCCCCGCUACUGACGUCAUCUUCCUGGCUGCAGCAGUGACUUUUCCUGCACACAGAUCACUGUGCAGCCAAUCAUCGGCCUCAGCAGUACAUGGGACAUCACUG